AGAAGCUGAAAGGCAUUGUGGGAGAUUGUUUUAGGGCUCAGCAGAGUCAGCCAAGUGCUAAUACCUUGCAAAGGCGCACACACACACACUCAUGCAAAGGUGCAAGAGGAGGGAACAGCUUUAGGAGAGGAUUUGCUCUGCAUUAACCCUGAGAGGGGACACAGAGCCAGCUGGAGUACGAGGAGCUGCAGGCGGACGGGUAGAAACAUUUAGACAGUUUCAGUUUAGGGCAGAAAGAGACGAGGAUGGGUCAGGAGGGCAGCAGGGGGGUCGAGGUGAGGUGCAGAUCUCCUCGGAGCAGCAGCAGCUGACGACUCCAAACACUGGAGUGUGAUUACAUGAAGAUGUCAGCCUGAGAAAGUGUCCAGCAGCUGCAGAGCCGGAGGAGGAUGGGACACCACAACGUACCGCUCAUGUACACCUACGCUCGCUCCCACAGGGAUAAACACAGAUCGGGUCGGCUGCAGCCGUCCACGCCCAACGACAACCUGAACAACGCGCUGGGCGCCAUCAGAGUCCUCGGCCUGGAGCUGAUCGAGGACGAGCUGAGACCUCAUCUGAACACGGUGCUGAUCAACAUCAAGGAGAGGAAUAAAGGUGCUGCUGAGCAGGUGGUGAUCAGCGGGAUUCUGCCGGUUCUGGCUCUGUCUCUGCGGCACAGAGGACCUCUGACCCUGCUGACGGCCAAACUGGUGGCCGAACUCGCCAAAGAGUCUGUGGUCCGGAAAGGUUUUGGAGAUGCGGGUUUGGUUGCGGCCCUGCUGUCGGUGCUGACCCGUACGGACCAGGACCUGCUCAUCCACGCCAUCAGAGCCAUCUCCCGCAUGUCCUACGACAGCUCUAAGCUGCAGGAGCAGCUCCUCCGUCGCGGCGCGGUUCCUCGUCUCAUCGCCAUCCUGCUCCGUUUCCCCGACAACGGGGCCCUGGAGGAGGAGUGUCUCCGGGCCCUCUGCAACCUCAGCGGGAUGGGAGUGGCGGAGGAGGCCGGGAUGGUGUGGGAGCGAGGCGCGUCCGUCAGGCCGGGGGAGUCGGUCUUCCACGGCGUCUCUCCUCACAGCUGCGGUUUCGCCUCCUCCGUCACGCUGGUGUGCGUGUCCCAGUGGGCGCCGGCUCAGUACGCCGUCAACAUCGAGGUGUUCCAGCGCUGCUCGUCGUCCUUCUGGACCCUCCACGGGAACAAGCGGACCGCUCGCUGGUUCCCGUUUUCCGGCUUCGGAAGCUGCUCGAACCUGUUCCGAGUGAUCCGGUUCUCCACCAGGAACGUGCCCAGAACCAAAAGUCUGAAGACGCGCGUGUUCCACACGUUCCUCUGACAGCAGGGAGAAAAUGACUCUGAUGGGGUUUUAAAAUGUUCUGGUUCCACCCACCAGAACUUCAGAGGAGCGUUCACACACCAUGGACCCGGAACUCACUACAGAAUCUUCUGGACCUCUCGUGUGUUCCUGCUGACUUUAUCUGAUCUGUAGAUGUUUCUGCUGCUGUUUCUCUGCUCAGUUCAUGAAGUAAUGAAAGUGUUUUGUUCCCUGAAGUGAACUCACACAAACACGAACACUUCGGCUGUGAACUCGUCGGUCGCAGCUCGUUUCACUGCUGCAGCUCUCACGGAUCUGGUUCUGUUCGGUACUGGUCCUGUUCUGUUUCAUUUGAGGAAAAUUCUUUACAUCAGUUUAAAGUACGAAACAUGAAAAUGUCCUCGCUGCUGAUUCGUUCACAAGUGCUUCAAAUGACGUCACGUCUCUUUCUCUCGGCACCGAUACUGAAAAUGUUCUUUUCUACAAUGUGAAUCAUUUUACCGGCCGUGUUCGGUUAUUUGGACCUUUGACCCACUUUAAAUAAUAAAACAUGAAGAUGUGUCUCUGUU